AUGCUGCUGCGACAAGCGCUCCGCAACAACCAGGCACUACGAAUGCAGCUGCCGAGAUCGCUAGAGGCGACGAGUCUGCGAGCCAACAGCACACCGGCCGCUCAGCCGACAUGGUGCAGAUUCUCGUCAAGCGAGGCAUCACCAAGCAACGCUGAGGAUCCGGAAGCACUCUUGCUGGCCAAAGUCAAGUCCGGGAUCAAAGAAGCCAUGAAGGCGAAAGAUUCGCUCACUUCCACCGUGCUGCGAUCCAUCGUAUCCGAACACCAGUAUUCGGCAAAGCAGAAGGGCAACCAAGUGUCGAAAGUAUCCAAGCUGAUCACCAAGGCCAUCAAGAGGAGACAGGACACGGCAAAGCAGUUCCGUGACGCAAAGCCACCGAGAGAGGACCUGGCAGAACAGGAAGAGAAAGAGGCAGCUGUCUUGCAAACGUUCUUACCGGAUCCAAAGUGA